AUGAAAUCUACUACACAAAUUAAUGCACUUCUUACUGGAAGAAUCAUACUACAACAAUUGUUGAACAUUCAAAAUACAACUUCUGAAACUUUUUUAGUUCAUCAACCUAUUAAGCAAAAGAAAAAAAAAUUAGUUACAGUAGAUGAGAUUUCAAUAAAUAUUCCAGAAUUCUGUGAUAAGGUUUCAGCAUGCAAACUUAAAAUAUUCACAACUGCUGGACCACGAUUAGUAGAACUUCUUAAUGCUUUAAAUGACAAUUGGAUGGAUAAUAUUAACCAAGCUACUUUUGGUUCAAAAACUUCAAUACCAUCAACUCCGAAAAGAAUUGCUAAAGCUCUAGAUACUGUAUUCGAAAAUUUAAAUGAAACUAAUUCCAAACUAAACUGUAUUAACGAAGUAUUUGAACAACACCAAGAAACAGUUUCUAUUCAAGCUACAAAGCUUCAAGACAUGUAUAAUAAUUUAAACACAACAGUUCAAGAUAUUUUUUCUACUUUAA